AUGGCGAAGCUGGAGGUGAACGUGGCCUUCGUGCGCUCCCCACGGGGAGGCCUCAAGAUCGGCCGCAUGGUUUUAGCUUUCAUGGCGUUUGUCAGCUUUGCAGCCGUAAGGGGUCAUGAAGCGUUCAUAACCCUUGGAAUCAUGGAAUUUGUGAUCACUGCGUUAUUCUUUUUGCUGUAUCUGCUGGGACUGCAAAAAAAAUGGAAUUUCUUCUUUUGGCCCUUAGCUGAUGCUUUCGACAGUCUUGUGGCAGCAUUGUUCCUCAUCAUCGUGGGUUUGUGCGCAACGGUAAUCAAGACUAACACUGGAACGUUAGUCGGAGGAGUGUUUUGUCUGCUGCUGUUUGUUCUUUGCAUAGCAGAUGCUGUCAUCCUCUUGAAAACGAUUUCCUUUAACAAGGAUGCAAGGAAUGUUACUCGCAAAUAG